AUGCAGAUGACGUGGGCCAUUCUGACACCUUCAACGACGUUGUCGAUCGCGGAGUCGGUCGACUGCUUCCAGACAUUAGCUGUCGGAGGUGAACCCUUGACACUCGACCGCGUUGAAGUUUUGGCAGACAGAGUCGAGUUGAUACAAGUACUCGGACUAACAGAAUGGGGCGGAACGAGUUGUUGGCCGUUCACCGACUGCGCAUCUGUGGCUCGUCAACCCAGCGACAGUAACAAACUGGCCCCUGUCGGCGAAGUGGUUGAGCUACUGGUAGGGGGUCCGGCACUAGCAGACGGGUAUCUGGGACAGCCUGAAAAGACAGCGGCUGUUUUCUUGAAACCCCCUCUGUGGCUGCCACCAUCGCCACCGGAUGAACAUUCGUAUAGAUCCGGCGAUCUGGUACAAUACACAACCAAUGGAGAACUUCGGUAUAUCUCGCGGAAGGAUAGCCAAGUCAAGAUUAGGGGUAUGCGAGUCGAACUGGCUGAAGUGGAAUAUCACAUUCGCCAAGCAGAUCCCCAUCUCAACCAAGCCAUUGUCGAGGCGUCCACUCCAAAGAACUCCAAUGGCAUUCCUCUCCUCGUCGCCUUUUUGCAUUCUGCGGACAAAGAAGCUUUAUCAGGAAAGGCCUUCUCGAACAUGGUCGAAAAGAUCAAGCAUUCUGUCUCUUUGGUGCUUCCAGAUUACAUGCGCCCAGGGGCUUAUGUUCCGCUAGAGUCAGUCCCAGUGACAAUCUCGAAGAAGGUGGACAGGAAAUCUUUGAAAGAUUCCAUCCUCACGUCGACACGCGAAGAGCUAGAGGGGCAUCAAGCUGCCUCCGCAUCGAUAGUCACCGGGGAGACCGAUCUUGAGCGACUCACCCUGCAGUUGGUAUCUCAAGUGCUCAAAUUGGAGCCAGCAUCUGUCGGGUUGGGCCACAAUUUCGUCAGCCUCGGUGGUGAUUCCAUUACAGCUAUGAUGUUGGUCAACAGACUGAUGAAAAGUGGCUACAAGACCACUGUCGGAACGCUUCUUGCUGCAAAAACCCUCUCUGACAUCGUUAUCCUGAUCCAAUCCCAUGUCAGACCUGUUGUCGAUGCCAGGCCACAGAACUGCACCAAAGGCGACGCGCAGGGGAACGACCAAAUGGAAGCAAACAGUUAUCUGUCUAUUCCUAGACUUGUUCACGUUGGUCCUACCGAGCAAUCCUUUUCGCAAGCGAGAAUGUGGUUCUUGCAACAGAUGGAACCCGCCUCGACAUGGCUGCUCCUCCCACACGCUACUCGCCUACGGGGUGAGUUGAGCCUCGAAGCUCUGAACAAAGCUGUUUCUGUUGUGGUCGAGCACCAGGAAGCUUUGCGGACAAGGUUCAUGAGUCGCAAUGGAAUAGGAUUCCAAGUUGUUUCCUCCUCGAUGCCUUCACCUUGGGAGGUGGUUGACAUGAGCUCCGCGUCGAACGAAGAGCUUAUGAGCAGCAUCCAUAAGCAGCAAAACACGCCAAUGGACCUAACGGAGGAGUGCUGGCGGGUCGUCAUCUUCCGGCUGUCGCCCACAGAGCAUGUACUUUCAAUUGUACUGCAUCAUAUCAUCGCUGACGGCUGGUCGUUUGAUAUCUUUGUGAAAUCAAUGGCAAGAUAUUAUAAUGCACUCGUCCGAGGACAAUCUUUGGUCGACGGCGAGGCGCCUCCCAAGAUCCAAUAUCGGGACUUCACCGUCUGGCAACGACGAGAGAAGACCGGCCUGCAUGAAGAACAGCUCGCUUACUGGGAAUCCCAGCUGGAAGGCAGCCAGCCCCUGGAGUUUUUAUGUGACAAGCAGCGACCCGCGGUGCUCUCCGGUAGAGCUGGGUGGCUACCAGUGAAGAUUGAUGGCUCUCUUUAUCAGGACCUGCAUGCCUUCUGUCGGUCUCGCCAAGUCACCCCGUUCUCCACUCUAUUAGCUGCCUUCCGAGCGACGCACUUUCGCCUCACCGGGGCCAGUGAUGCAACCAUUGGCAUCCCCGCUGCCGCUCGCACGCACAGCGAGUUGGAAGACCUCAUUGGCUAUUUCGGUAAAGUUCAAUGUAUUCGAACAAAGGUCGAAAGCCAAGACCAGACCUUCAGUCAACUCGUGGAUCAUGUCCAGUCGGUGACCACAGCCGCCUUUGAGAACCAAGAUGUACCCUUUGAUCAGAUCGUUUCCAAGGUUUUGAAGGAACGCGAUUUGUCUCGCCAUCCCUUGGCCCAGGUUACAUUUGUCCUCCACCCGCAGACCAACUUCUGUCAGCUGCAACUAGAGGAGCUCCAGGUGGAACAAUUGCGUCUGCCGCAGGUGUCGAGACUCGAUCUUGAGGUCCAUUUGUAUCCCGCAGAUGACUUCAUUCAAGGAGACAUACAAUACUCCGUGGACCUUUUCGACGAGAAGACAAUGCAAGGAAUGCUCUCGGUGUUCUACGAUGUUCUUCGCGAAGGUCUCCGCCAGCCAGACACUGAUUUUGGCUCCCUUCCCUUCACCGACGUUUAUCAAUCCUUGGGUAAACAAGGGCUGACAAGUCCAGAGCUUCAGGCUCCAAGCUCCGAAAUGAGCAUCAUUCACAUGUUCCAUGAACAGGUUGCCGCGCACGCAGAUGAAAUUGCUGUCCGAGACAUGAAAGGCGAGCUCACCUACUCCGAGCUCGAUCAGAGAUCCUCCCUUCUAGCUGCCUUUCUGGCGAAGGGAUGCUCCUUUUCUUCUGAGGCACCAGUUGGGGUCUACGCUCCACGGUCCUGUGAGGGUAUUGUUGCCAAUUUCGGUAUCAUGAAGGCUGGCCUCACGUACGUCCCUCUGGAUGUCGAUGCUCCCGUGGAGCGGAUUGAGACCAUACUGUCCUGCCUUCCCACAUGUGAGCUGGUCAUGAUGGGAUCUGAUCAAAAACCCCCUGCUGUGUCUGCACCAAGUGUUAGAUUUGCUUCUAUCGCGGACUCCUUGUCUGAUGUGGCAGCGGAGGAGUUGAACGAAUUUUUGAGCGCCUCAACUCCCACCUAUCCCACCAGCCGGGCUUGUAUACUGUUCACAUCCGGUACAACCGGAAAGCCCAAGGGGGUAAUGAUGGAACAGUAUGGGAUUGUUCGAUUGUCCAAAGAUCCUGAAAUCGUCGCUCAUGUCGCCACAUCCAAGGUAUCGUCGUUCCUGCUGAACCCUGUGUUCGAUGCCUCCGGGUUCGAUAUUUAUCCAGCUUUGUUGAACGGUGGGACCCUGGUGUGUAUCGACCGACAGGCCGCCUGGGACUAUAGCUUGAUGGAGGAGAUAUUCGUCAAGAACGAAGUGCGACGUGCUGUUAUGACUCCAGCCAUCCUGAGCCAGUGUCUUGUCUCUGCGCCAGCCAUCUUGACCGGGCUCAAUAUUCUAUACAUCGGAGGCGACAAAUUAGAGCCCGCUGACGUUUCCAAAGCACGGCGCUGCAACGCAGACCUACUGAUCUUGAAUUGCUAUGGACCGACCGAGAACUCGGUCAUCAGCACCCGCUACGCCGUCCCGAGCCACGAGGUCGGCGUCAAUGGUAUCCCAAUCGGCCGCUCAAUCCAUGAAUCGGGAGCCUAUGUCAUGGACCGCAAUAUGCAACUAGUACCGAUCGGUGUCCUGGGCGAGCUGGUGGUUACCGGACUGGGCCUUGCUCGCGGCUAUGUCAACCCCGAAGACGACCUCAACCGAUUUGUGACGAUCGAUAUCGACGGGCACCCUGUCCGGGCAUACCGUACUGGCGAUCUGGUUCGAUACCGGCCAGUUGACGCACAAAUGGAGUUCUUCGGUCGCAUGGACCAACAGGUCAAGAUUCGAGGCCACCGAAUCGAACCCGGAGAGAUCGACAAUCUCUUGCUGAUCGACGAUUUGGUAACGUCUGCUUCAACAGUACUGCAGAAGCGAGAUGCGCAGACGGAGCCCGAGCUCGUCAGCUUUGUAACCGUCGAAGAAGCAGGGCAGCGUGUUGCAAGCGUGGAGGCCCAGGUUCUGACGACGCAUGUCGACUCCUGGAGGACGAAAGCAGAUUCAGAUGAUCAUUACGGUGGUGUCAACACCAUUCGACCAGAGGCUCUCGGCCGUGACUUCCUGGGCUGGGUCUCAAUGUACAGUGGCGAGCCAAUCGAUGAAACGGACAUGAAAGAGUGGCUGGAUGACACUAUCGCCACCAUUCGCCAGUUUGAGCCCAAGCGGGUGCUAGAAAUUGGAACAGGCACAGGCAUGAUUAUGUUCAACCUCAUCAACCGGCUUGAUCGGUACAGGGGGCUCGACUUGUCCAGUCAGGCGGUGCGCUUUGUUCAGGAUGCAGCUGGUUUAGUUGAUGGAGCAGCGGAGAAAGUCAAUGUUCAGGUUGGUACCGCGGCCGAUCUGGAGGUCUUGAAACCCGCUGAGCCAUUGGAUCUCGCCAUCAUCAACUCUGUGGCGCAGUACUUCCCCUCGCUGGACUACCUGCUCAAAGUGAUCUUGGACCUCAUCCACGUGCAAGAUCCCAAGUGCAUCUUUUUCGGAGAUGUUCGCUCGUAUGCUUUGCAUGCACAGUUCCAAGCCAGCAACGUGCGCCAUCUCUACGGUCACACUUUGACAGCGCCGCAAUUCCGGAUGCGAAUGGCAGAAGUCGCCCGCUCUGAGCGAGAGCUUUUGGUUGAUCCAGCUUUCUUCACUUCCUUGGCCGAAGAAUUGCCGGACCUCAUCGCGCAUGUCGAAAUUCUUCCUAAGAAGAUGAAAGUCACGAAUGAGCUUAGCUGCUAUCGAUACGCUGCUAUCCUCCAUGUCAAUCGGCCUGGUCGGCCGCCGUUGGAUGUUCAAGGGGUCGAUGAGAGCUCAUGGAUUGACUUUGAAAGGCAGGGAUUAAACUCAAAAUCCCUCGCGCGACGUUUGCAAACCCCAGAAUGCUCUGAUGUUCUGGCUGUGAGCAACAUCCCUAACAGGAAGACCAUCGAAGAGCGCUUCUUGCUUGAUGCCCUCCAAUUCUCGAAGCUAGCAACCAGUGAUGUGGGGUGGAGCGAGCAAGUCUGCAGGCAAGCCCAAGCUUGCCCAGCACUGGCAGCCCUCGAUCUCGUGGAUCUUGCUCAUCAGACCGGGUGGGAUGUGGAGAUCAGCUGUGCGAGACAAGGCUCGCAACAGGGUGGACUGGACGCCAUCUUCCACCGUCGUGCUUCCACCCGGGGACCAAGGCGGGUGCUCUUCCGAUUCCCAGCUGAUCACCACGCACCAGGCCCGAUCGGGGUCUUUGGUAACAAUCCGUUGAAGUUGCCACGGAACCACCUGGUUGAAACCCAUCUUCUGGAUACACUGCGUGCUAAGUUGCCAUACUAUAUGGUCCCCCGGCUGGUUCGUGUGCUAGAGCAGAUGCCAGUGAACAAUGUCGGUAAGGUGGACAGAAAAGCUCUUUCGCAACGGAAUGACAUCAGUCCGUUGAUUGCAAGCACCACAAAGUCUGAAUCGGCGUCCAGACGAGAGGCUUCAUCGUUUGCAAAUGAUUCCGAGCGUGUUCUAUGGGAAGAGUUCACCGACAUGCUUGGGGUAGACGUGGGGAUCAAUGACAGCUACUUCGAUCUCGGUGGUCACUCUUUGAUGGCCAUCAAGCUCAUUUCGAGGAUCAACAAGCGACUUGGAUCGAGUCUUCGCGUCAGUGAUCUGUUUCAGUAUACCACGGUCGCUCGGCUCGGGCAGUUGUUGCAAGAGUUUGAUAGUCCUCCAUCUAACGGUGUCCUUAUCGACACCUACAAGCCAUUCUCCCUGCUGAGCGAUAGCGUCAGUUCGCCUCAGGACCUUACCUCAUUGCACUGGGAAGAAAUGCAGCUGCCAUCAGGUGCUGUGGUCGUGGAUAUUUUCCCUGUCACCGAGUGUCAGGCUUGGUUUUUGGGGGAUUGGAGUUUGGUGUCACACUCUUUUGAGAUUCAGGGAGAUCUCGACCUCGCCGGGUUGGAGUCCGCCUGUCAGGCAGCGGUACGGCGACAUGCAGUCCUGCGCACCGUGUUCACCACACUGCAGGGACAUCCCGUGCAGGUUGUCUGUCAAUCCGUCGACGUGCCGUUUACACAGGAAGCAACAGAGCGUUUGGUGGAGUCGGGCUGCAAGGUCAACAACGGAGAGCAAGCAUUGAUCCCGUCGCGGGUGACCACUCGAUUCAAUCUCACAUCGCGCCCUGGAAGAAAUGACUAUAUGUUCACCUUGCAAUUGUGUCACGCGCAAUAUGAUGGGCCCUCCUUGUUCACCAUUCUGUCCGACAUAACCUCUUUGUACCAGGCUCCAUCCUCCUUGCCGCCGACCAGCACUGUGUCCUUCUCCCGAUACCUUCAGGCAUCCCGAGUCUCCCGCGCCAAUGGAUCCUUGGACUUCUGGAAAGAGUAUCUCGCUGGCUCAUCGGGGCUGACAGCCGUCUGUCCUUCCGCCAUCGUGGAGACAAACGAUCAUUCACCUCACAACACCGUCCAAGAAGCGAGUGGUGCAUUGCCUCCAUUGUCAGAUGUCACAUUCCCCACAUUGGUCAAUGCCGCCAUCGCGCUCUGUCUGGGCAAUCUCACCAAAACGCAGGAUGUCACCUUCGCGUGUGUGAUGAGCUCACGCGAUGUGCUCGCUACUGCCGAUCCCCAAGCCGAGCUCGUUGGCCCGUGCAUCAACCGCACCUUACUUCGCGUCCAACUCCCCGAAGUCGACUCAACCUCAGCUCUGGAAUUCUGUCGCCAGCUGCGCGACAUUCAAGCCCGUGCUGCGGGUGGAGGACAUCUGUCACUGGCAGAUGUGUUGGAGAGCUCUACCGACUGGCUGCCUCCGUCUUCUGGGACUUUGGCCGCGGAAAAACUCUUGAAAGAGACGCCUUUCAUCACGCAUCUGCCUGCCGACACCGCCACUCCAUCUUUCCAUUUGAGCGAAGAUCUUGAUGUGGCAUGGAAGUCAACAGAUGUCCGCAUUGAUCCUGGAAACCAGGUGCUUGUGCGGUCCACUACUUCCACCGUAGACAACGGGAUGGACGCCUGCAUCCAAGUCCAGACGUCCGACACAGUGCUCAACUCCGAGGAUGCUUUGGCGCUGGCUGCUCACAUCUUGAAGAUGGUGCAGCUCCUCUCAGUUGCUCCUGAGGUGCUUGUUCGAGAUAUCUUGCUUGAAAAGGGUUGA